AUGGAACUUCCAGGAGCAGAAGCAGCGAGGCAGGAGGGGCUGAUGGAAUUCUACGGCUCCUUCCAGGAGCUGUUUGAGUUUUUCUGCAGGAACACCACGAUCCACGGCACCGUGCGCCUGGUGUGCUCGGGCGGCGCGCGCUCCAGGAGGGCUUUCUGGACUCUGCUGCUGCUGGCCAGCCUGGCCAUGCUCUACUGGCAGUUUGCCCUCAUGUUCAGCCAGUUCUGGGCCUACCCCGUGGUGCUCACCAUGUCCAUGCACUCCGAGCCCAAAAUGUUCCCGGCCGUCACCGUCUGCAACCUGGAUCCUUACAGGUUCGAGCUGGUGAGGGAACAUCUGGAGCAGCUGGACAGGAUGGCAGAGGAGUCCCUGACCUUUCUGUACGGCAGCAGCUCCUCCUCAGCACGCUGGUUCCGUGGGAAGGAGCACAAUGGGAACGGGAAUGGGAAUGGGAACCUCAGCAGCUCCGGAUUCCAGCUCAGCCACAACUUCUCCCUGGUCAGGAUGGCCGAGCUCAGGGCAGGGAGGAGACGUUCCAGCGUGGGAUUCCGACUGUGCAAUUCCACAGGUGGGAAUUGCUUCUACAAGACUUAUUCCUCGGGCCUGGAUGCCAUCCUGGAGUGGUACAGGUUCCAUUACAUGAACAUCAUGGCCCAGCUGCCCUGGGUCAUCAACAUCUCCCAGCACGAGGAGCACGUGGAGGACAUGGUUUACUCCUGCCAGUACGAUGGGGAGCCCUGCAGGCCCAGUGAUUUUGUUCACUUCCACCACCCAGUUUUUGGGAUCUGCUACACUUUUAACAGCAAAGGGACAGAUCCCUUCUGGACAGCCACAAAACCAGGAAUUCCUUAUGGUGACCUGCUAAUGAAUCCCGCGGGGUUCCCGCUGUGCCCGCAGGAUGAGGUGAAUCGCCUGGGUGGCAACUACGGCAAAUGCACCACGGACGGCGCUGACGUGGCCGUGGAGCUGCUCUACAACAACUCCUACACCCUGCAGGCGUGCCUGCACUCGUGUUUCCAGCAGCUGAUGCUCCGGGAGUGUGGCUGUGGUUAUUAUUAUUACCCACUGCCCGCCGGGGCCCGGCACUGCGACUACAACCGGCAGCCGGGCUGGGGUGAGGCUGACUGGGUGCUCCAGGCCCUGAGGCACCAGAACGGAUACAACUCCAGCAGCAGCAGGAGGGACAUUGCCAAGGUCUCCAUCUUCUACCAGCAGCUGAACUCCCAGGCCGUGCACGAGGCCCCUCUGCUCUCUAUUCCUUGA